AUGGCCCAGACAGAUGUCCUCAUUAUCGGAGCCGGAAUGUCAGGCAUUGGUCUCGGCGUCCAACUCGUUCAAAAAUUUGGGACUAGAAACUUUGGGAUUAUCGAAAAGAGCUCUGCCAUUGCCGGAACGUGGAAUGUCAACAGUUACCCAGGCUGUGGAUGUGAUGUGCCCUCGCAUUUCUAUUCUUACUCCUUCGCUCUCAAUCCCAAUUGGUCACAGAAAUAUGCUUCGCAGCCUGAGAUCGAGGCUUACUUUAGAGACGUUGCAAACAAGUAUGAUAUUGGCAGACACGUGAGACUUAAUUCGAUCGUUGAGUCUGCCAGAUGGGAUGAGCGGACUGGUAUUUGGGAAGUUUCUAUUCGAGAUCUUGGAACAUCCGAAGUCAGUACACGUCGCGCAAAGGUCCUUGUCUCGGCCGUUGGUGCGCUGUCUAUUCCCAAGGAGUGCGAUAUUCCUGGUGCAUCUGAUUUCGAGGGACGUUUAUUUCAUACAGCAAAGUGGGAUCAUUCUUUCAAUUGGCACAAUAAAGACGUUGUUGUCAUAGGUGAGUAUGUUCUAAACAAUGAGUUUCGACCGCUGAUCAUCAUAGGCAAUGGCUGCAGCGCAACCCAAGUCCUCCCAGUUAUUAGCUCUGGUGAUACAGCUGUCAGAAAAGUAACACAAUUUGCAAGACAAGCACACUGGCUAUCCGAGCGUCCAAACCCUACUUACUCGACUAUCUUCAAGUGGACCAUGCGAUGGGUUCCUCUUGCUAUGCGCAUCUAUCGUGCUUGGCUGUAUUAUCAGAAAGAGAGGGAUUUUGCAGGUUUCCAUGUCACCAACGGGCUCAAGACGCGAGGAAAAUGGACAGAGGAAACGGUUGAGUACAUACGAAAGACGGCGCCUGAUAGAUACCUUGACUUCCUGAUCCCAAAGACUGAGAUAGGUUGUAAGAGGAGGGUAAAUGAUACUGACUAUCUUGCUUGUUUGCACCGAGACAACGUCGAGCUGGUGUACAAUGACCCUAUACAGAACAUCGAGUCGAAGGGUGUCAGAACAAAAUCCGGGAAGUUUGUGGCUGCUGAUGCAAUUGUCCUUGCUCAUGGAUUUGAGACUCAGACACCAUUGUUUCCAAUGAAGAUAUAUGGGAAAGAUGGAAUCACCAUCAACGAACAUUGGAAUCGAAUCAGUGACGGGGCAGCCUCAUCAUACUUCGGAACCUGUCUCUCGGGCUUUCCGAACUUCUUCAUCAUGAUGGGUCCAAAUACGCUCAGCGGUCAUCUCUCGGUUAUAUACACCACCGAAUGCCAAUUCAACUUUACUUUGAGCGCCAUUCGGCCUGUCCUUGUAGGCAAGGUAGACAUCGUCGAAAUCACAACUGCAGCCGAACAACAGGAUGUACAUGAUGUUCAAGAAAAGGCAAAGGGAUUGGUAUGGGCUACAGGGUGCACCUCUUGGUUCAUUGAUGAGAAAUCAGGCAGAAAUACCAUCAUGUUCCCUGAUUGGCAGUUUAUGUUUUGGUGGAGGAGUGUUUUUAUUAACUGGGACGAUUUAGAGUACCGGAUGGUUGAUGAGAAAAACAUCAAGUACUUCCAUCGUGGUGGACGACGUGGCUAG